AUGCCCUUCACCGGCGACGGCCAGGGCCCUCGGCACCCAGAAGCGCAAAAUGGGGGAUUCGGCGGCUGGCUGCGUCGUGGCUCGACUCCCUCAGUAAAAGACGCGCCCAGAUCGCCAGACACGACUCCCAGGUCGGUGCGCACCUCAACGAUAUCUAUGGCCCCGACAAAGACGACGCCACAGUCCAAGCUCGGGCUUUUUGCCUCGUCUGUGAGCGCCUUUGCAAAGAACCUCGGCAACCAGGCCCCCACACAACACAUUGAUAUUGACGAUGAGCUGUACAACAUGGACAUCGAGGCAGCGCUGUUCCCUGCGGCCGCGUCGCCGACAGAGAGGGAUACUUUCUCCCCGGCCGCCUACAAGAAUCUUCAGACAAAUGCCGUCGGCCUUUUGUUGAAGAUGCAAAAUGCUUAUCGGGAGCGGACCGCUGCUCUUCAGGAGGUGCAGAACGAGCGUGAUGCCGAGCGGGAGGAGCUUGAAGAAGCGCGACUACGAAUCACAUUGUUCAAGGGCCAGCUCCAAGAAGUGGCGAAGAGAGCGGCGGACCAGGAGCAACAGAUGCAGGAUCUGGUCAACGAGCUACGUGCGGAGAAGAAGGCCAGGCACGAAGAACGUCUUGCGCAUGCCGCAAGCUCCGUUGCCAGCGAGGACCUCGGCAUCGACGAGGAAGACCGUCGGCGAUGGCGCGAGAGCAGUGGCACAGUCAAGAGUGACAUCAGUGCGGAGACGGACGUCGAGAGCGGCAACGAGAACGAGAGCAUCUUUUCGAGGAGCCGGAGCCCGACGGUGAUCACGAGCAUCACAGAGAGCGACUCCUCGUCACGACCCGCCACUCUGCACCCCCCUAAACUGCAGACGCGACAACUGACGACGCUGCAGAAGCUUGUCAAGAACAUGACGGGGGAUUCCGACAUGACCAGCGUCAACGGAUGCAGGAGGUGUAACGGUCAAGAUUCGAGCGUGGCGUGGGACACGGUCAGUCUUCUCCGGGACGAGAACAAGGGCCUCAAGCACCGCGUCGCGCAGCUCGAGGUCGCAGUGGAGGGGGCGCUGGAUCUGGUCAAUGGGAUAGCCGUGCGAUAG